GCAAAGAUCUUUUGAAACAAAAUGAUUUUUACUCAUCAAUAACAAGUUUAUCGCCAAAACCUCACCUUAAAAAAACAAAAAAAACAAGUUUAUCGCGUCGCGGAUCCGUGAUAGCAUUGUGA